AGCAAACUAAGGCAAGGAAGCAUUAUGUAUCAAGCUUUUAUCAUCAAUGGCUAAUAAGCACACGAAAAACCCAUGUGCUUUUCCUUUUGCUUUCACUCUGGUUGUGGUUUUCUUUACGUGUGUUUUGUUUGUGAAUGGUUCUGAAAGUGAGUAUGUAUCGGCUGUGGGUGAUCCUGGAAUGAAAAGGGAUGGCCUAAGGUUGGCGAUAGAGUCAUGGAACCAAUGCAAUGAAGUUGGUGAAGAAGCUCCUCACAUGGGCAGUCCAAGGGCUGCUGAUUGUUUUGACAUAUACACGGCUUCUCCACCGGCAAAAGAACAAAACUGCUCCCUCUGCAAUUUGAUACCCUACAUAUUGGUCCACAGAGUCACGGAUAAAGACAACAACCUAGGGGUUGGAGACCCUUUUCUUGGAGUGGAUCCAAAUGCCCUUUCAAAUGUAGACGUUUACGCUGCUGAGAAAGAACUCUAUUUGGGAUCUAAAUGUGAGGUUGAAGACACCCCAAAUCCAUGGCAGUUUUGGAUGAUCAUGCUAAAGAGUGGCAACAUGGACACUUUUGCUGCCAAAUGCCCCAAGAAUGGCCAUAAAGUUGGCCCUUUCGGCCCUGAUAAAGGGUUCCCUUGCUUUGGAAAAGGGUGCAUGAACCAACCGACCAUUUAUCAUGACUAUACCACAUUGCAAGGGCUUAAUAUGAAUACUCUUAAGGGAAGGUUUUAUGGGUCAUGGGACUUGGAUGCAGAUUUGAGUAAAGGUUUGGUGGGGAAUAUAUCUUACCAUUCAGUAACUUGGGAGAAGGAACUUGGAAAGGGAAGUAGUUGGGUUUUCCAUAAUGUCUUGAGGACUUCAACAAAGUAUCCUUGGUUGAUGCUUUACUUGAGAUCAGAUGCCACUCAUGGAUUAUCUGGUGGGUACCAUUAUCCUACCAGAGGAAUGUCUAAAAUUAUUCCAGAAUCACCUAAUUUUAAGGUGAGGUUCACCUUAAAUGUGAUUAAAGGUGGUGGUCCAAGUAGCCAAUUCUACCUAUUAGACAUUGGAAGUUGUUGGAAGAACAAUGGCAAGCCAUGUGAUGGCGAUGUGACUUCAGAUGUCACUCGAUACAGUGAAAUGAUCAUAAAUCCAAAUGCAAGCGCAUGGUGCCAAGCAAACAACCUCAAUGCAUGCCCACCUUACCACACAUUCCCUAAUGGGACAUGCAUUCAUCGAAAUGAUACUACCAACUUUCCUUAUGCAGCUUAUCACUUGCAUUGCUCACCAGGAAAUGCAGAGCAUCUUGAGGCACCUUACAGUUUGUGUGAUCCAUAUAGCAAUCCUCAACCUCAAGAGAUAUUGCAGAUUUUGCCACACCCAGUUUGGGGUGAGUAUGGGUACCCUACUAAGCAAGGGGAGGGUUGGAUUGGGGAUCCAAGGACAUGGGAACUUGAUGUUGGGAGGUUGUCACAAUCACUUUUCUUUUACCAGGAUCCUGGUACUCCUCCAGCUAGGAGGCAAUGGAUGUCUGUUGAUUUGGGAACUGAAAUAUUUAAAGACCCAGAUCAAGUUGCUGAAUGGACUGUUAGUGACUUCGACAUCCUUGUACCUAAGAGAUAAAGGUAUUGAAGCAAAACGAUGAGACAAUGAAGAUUAUUAGAGACUUGAAUAGACUUUACCCGAAGGGUAGAAUUUAUAGAAGACUCUGCAAAAAUCUUUUGAAUUGUCAUUUUUCUGGCAAGUCAUAUCUUCUUUUUCAAUUGGAAGGAGCUCUGGCUAAUCCAGUAGAAAUAAUUUUGUCUUGCCUUUAGCAAUGGACCUUCUUUGUACUUAAUUUUAAUUUUGAGCAUUGAUUUGAUCAUAGGCUAAGUUAAUUAAGCCUUUGAUUUCAUGAUUUAACUUUCUUCCUAAGAGCUUAUGGCUCCAUCUUGCGUCAACAAAGAGGCCUUUUUUCUUGUAUGAAA